AUGGAUAACGAGCUCCACGUUCAGGGCGGACAAUUAGACGAUGAGACGGACGAUCUUGACAUCGAUAACAUACUCAUGGCGGUCAUUGUCAUGGGAUUGAUUUUCUUUGACCCUAGACUGAAUCAUGUUUCAAGAAGGAGAAGAAUCCGAGAUAGUGCACUCUCUGGCAGGGAUUAUGUACUUGAGGUGCUAAACGGCCAUCCGGAUCGAAUUAUCGAGAAUAUGCGCCUCUCUGUGCCCCUGUUCCUACACUUGUGCGACAUCUUGGUUGACCGGGGGUACUGGCACGCAUAUCCUUCUCAGAGGGUUGGGGUUCAUGAAUCCGUUGCCCUAACUCUAAUGUGCUUGAGCCAUGAUGAGCGUCAUCGGGUUUUAGCCGAGCGUUUUCAACAUUCCAUGGAGACAAUUGAUCGACAUGUAAGAAGAGUUCUGCGAGCAUUGGUGCGACUCGGUCGUGAUUUUGUUAGGCCGAGGAAUGUUGGUGAGACACACCCCAGAAUUUUGAACAACGGACUGUUUUACCCGUGGUUCAAGGAUUGCGUCGGUGCCUUAGAUGGAACCCACAUCUCAGCUUGGUGUCGAACAGAGAUAAGCGAGCAGUACAGAAAUAGGCACGGUGGGCUGUCUCAAAAUGUGCUUGCAGCUUGUGAUCAUGACAUGCGUUUUGUUUACGUUCGAGUCGGAAAAUAUUAUAUGGUGGAUGCUGCCUACACUAACAUGCCCGGGUUCAUGGCACCGUUUAGGGCAGCGAGGGACACGCAGCAUGAGCGGGCCGCUAAAGCUUUAUUCAACCGACGACACGCUUCUGUUAGAAAUAUUAUUGAAAGAAGUUUUGGGGUUCUUAAGAAACGGUUCCCGAUACUGAAGGGUCCAAUGCAGAACUACCUCAUAGCAACUCAGAACAAUAUCGUGCUUGCAUGUUGUACUCUCCACAACUUCAUGAGAGAUUAUGCGCCUAACGAUGAGUAUUUCGAUGAAGAAGCUGCCCUCGGAGCCCAACUAGAUCUCCAGGACGGAGGAAAUGAAAUCCAUGAAGCCCAACCCAUCGAUAUGUCGCAACAGGGUAUACAGAACUGGAACGAAAAUCGGCGGGCAAUUGCAGUUCAUAUGUAUGUGAAUCGGCAUGGUGCUUAA